AUGACAAUACAAGUACGGCAACGACUCGAAACGGCAACCGUACAUGAAGCGGUACGUACAAGUAGCGCCGACAAGGAAACAAACAAUGCGAAAACAGACUCAAUUGAAGUCCUCUCCCAGCAAAGCAGUACGGAAUACAAUGCACAGAAUGCAGAUACAGAAGCUUUAGGCGGAUUUGAGUUGUGUGCAUCCCGUAUGGCAUCAUCGCAUACAUCACCUCAAGUGUGUCGGCCCCACUUUCAUCCGCCCCUGAGUUCAUGGCUUACCAGCGAACAUAAAUCAUUUGCGCCUGCCAGCCCAUGGGGUAGUCCGUUUGCAUGCCCUCAAGAUCCGCAAGUUGACCAUAAGGUCGGACAGAUUGGCCAAAGUCAUCAAACGACAACGGGCCAACAUUCAUUUCCGUUCCCACCAACACCGCCAAAGGAUUCAACACCCGAUUCAGUACAAACCGGUCCAUCGGAAUAUCAGGCCGUUGUAAAUGCCUUCAUGCAUCAAGCACAAGUUAGUGGCGCUACCUCACUAUCAGAUGCAAGUUGUGCGUUGGACAUAAAACCCACAAUACAAAAUGGCAGUAGCGGUUCACACAAUGGCAGUCAACAGUCGUCGGCGCCGAAACAACGUGAAGGUACUAAUAAUACAAAUAACAACAAUAACAAUAAUACAACAAAUAAUCACAAUGCACAAAAUAACAACAAUAAUGCCGGCAAUACAAAUUCAGCGCUUAACGGCAGUGGCGGCCUAUUUGACAACACAGCGCAAGCGCAUUAUGCGAAUAGUCUGGGUAAUUUAGGUGGUUGUGCUGGUGUUUCCGGUGUUGCUGGCAGCACGGGUAGCAGCAGCACUGGCGGUGGCUAUGACGGUUCAUACGCCUCAUAUGCGGUACAUCAUCAUGCUAGCGCGGCGGCAGCGCAUCAUCAAGCGGCCGCUGCUGCUGCAGCUGGUAUGUUUCAAAGUUCCUCCGCUGCAGCUGCGGCUGCAGUACGACACAGUAUGUCCGGUGGUGGCCAUCAUGGUCAUCACGGUGUGGGAAGUUCGGGUGGUUUAGGUGGUAUCGGUGGCAACAGUCAAAACAGUGUAGUCGAUGUGAAACCGGCGAGAACGAAACCAAGGACUAGUGCUGAAGGUCGUGAAUGUGUCAACUGCGGUGCAACAUCAACUCCUCUGUGGCGACGCGAUGGCACCGGUCAUUAUUUGUGCAAUGCCUGUGGUUUAUACUAUAAAAUGAAUGGUCAAAAUCGACCAUUAAUUAAGCCAAAGCGAAGACUGGUGUAG